UCGAUACAGCGAGUAUAAAAGGGACUGAGAGCAGAGGUAAAAACUAUCCGUGUGUCCUAGAUGUUGUACAUUUUAAUAUAACACACUGCAAGAGUUAAUAACAAGGAUUUACGAAAUUGAUAAACAACUUGCGAUCUUCUUGUAAUAGAUGUUUACAAAAAUGCAGAUCUUACAGGUUUAAUUGUGGGUUAUAAAUGAUAAAGUUGUAGAAACAGGAUAAGUUCUAUGAAAAUUGUUUGCCGUUAAUUUGGAUAUUAUCCGCAUUAUUUUAAUGAAUAGAUAUUACAAUAACUUGUUUCGUAUGUGUCAUCAAAUACGUUCAUAAUUUUCUUCAAUUUAUCUGCCGCAUAUUUAUUAUUAUGUGGUAAUAAUUUGCUGUUUGAUGUAAACAAUUUUGUUUUGCUUUUUUGUCAAUUAUGUCGGAGGAUUUAAAGUUUAAAAUUAUUGAUAAAAUACUAACAAUAUACCCACCGAUAUUGUUAGGCAUUGGAAUUAUAGGAAACAUUUUAUCUGUGAUCGUUUUGGCACAGGCAAGUACCAGAAAAACUUCGACUGGUUUUAUGUUGAUGUUCCUGACAGUUACCGACACAUUGAUUCUCAUAAAUUCCGUACUCGUGCGAUGGCUGAGCCAUAUGUUUGAGAUAAAUUUAAGGACUUCUUCAAAUGGUGCGUGCAAAUUUCAUGUUUUCUUGUCAUAUUUUCUGUUCCAACUGUCACCGUGGAUUCUUGUGCUUGUAACAGUCGAGCGAGUGUUCAGUGUGAGAUUUCCACACAGAGUAAGGGAUGUUUUUACAAGACGGAAGGUAUUUCUAGGCCUAUUUGUCCUUGUCUUAGUCAUAGCUGGUUUAAAUGCUCAUCUUAUUUAUGGAUAUGAACAUGUUUAUAAUGAUUUAUAUCAAUCAUUUGACUGCAUAGUGAUUAGCAAGCAUGAAGAUUUCAUGUUUAAAUACUGGACUUGGAUUGACUUUGUUCUUGCAUUCGCUGUUCCAUUUAGUGUGCUUCUUUGUGGCAACAUAAUGGUUAUACACACAUUACAAUCGAGUCAAAAAUUCCGAAAAGCAAGUACAGUGACUACGCAUAACGGACAGGAACUUAGAGGCCACUCAUAUCGUCGUGAAAACCGUACGGCGUCUCAUUUCACAAGUACAGCAGUCGUUUUAAACAUAGCAUUCUCCUCCUUAGUCUCUCCCUUUUCCAUCUUCGCAAUAGGACAGCCAUAUUGGUUUCCAGUGGAAACAAUAACACCAGAACGCAUUGCAAACUUGAUGCUUACUGGGACAAUAUUUCUGAUGUUGUUGCAUACAAACAGUGCAAUUAAUUUUGUGCUUUAUAUUUUUUGUGGAUCAAAGUUUCGUAGAGAUUUGAAGAACCUUUUCUGCAAGCGGAGAAGAACUAUCUCAGAAUCAAUGCAUAAUACGCGGAACUUUCAUACACAAUCUGUGAGCACCGUAAGUUCUGAAGGAGAGACGUUCAUGCGAUUAUAACGCAAAUGCAAUGUGCAUAUUGUUUGGUUAUAUGAAAUAAUGUGAAACUCAAUAAUAACAUUUUACUAAGAUGGCAUUUUUAAUGCACUAUCAACUUAUUUUAAUUUCAGCGUGUUGGGCAUUCUAACUGAACAAUCUACAAAAAGCCAGUGCUUGUUAAAUACUUAAAUAGUUUUUGACUGUUUGACUGAACAUUUUUAGUCUUAGUCCUGUUUAUCAGAUUCUGGAUUGACUGAUAUGUCCUACCUUAUAAAACGUUUAAUACUUUUAAAAAACAUGACCGUUAGUGUCAGAAGCUAGUUCAAAGACUGUUUUCUGUAUGUAUUGAUUUCGGAAAGCAUAACAUAAAAAAAGAAUGUUCUGCAAAACAAAUCAUGAUUAUCAU